AUCGCUGAGAACCAGAGCUGGACUUUCGAGAGUCAACCGAUUAGACCGGUUAAUAAUGAGUGGGUCUUCCCGGACAUAAUCGUCGCCUAUUGUGGUGAUAAAAUACCAUCAAUUAUAGCAAAAACACCGCCAAAGACUUCCAUCUCCGACACAUCAUUCACUUCUUCGGGCAAUUCAAUCGAUGGCUCUUUUAGUAGUAGUGAAACACCUGAAACACCUCGUGGUUCUCACUUCAAACCAAAUAACACUUCAACCGUCUAUCAAACAGAAGUGUUGUCACCCGCGGAAGGAAUGGCAACCAAACGAUCCUAUGAUGACAUCCGCGAGCACUUGAUAUAUUACGAGCGAAAGCCAUUGCCUCCAACACCGGCCGGUCUUCUGGUUGGAUCUGAUUGGCAACCACUCAGUAAUGCACUCUUCGAUCGACAAAUGUUUGUCAAAAGAAACGGCAAGAUUUACGUCAAGACCAACACAAACGAUAUCAACGCGAGGAGAGAUCUGACACAAGUGAAGCACUCGCAGGACCUGUUGAUAGUGACGGCCGCCGACGGCGCCUAUGUUUGGAUAUAUGGCGAGAGCGACGGCGGCGUCAAAAUGGGCACUAAGUCUACGGCCAAAAUUGUGGGCACUCUUGCCGUCUGGAAGAACGACGAGAUGAUUCUCGACAAUUAUCGAGACGGCGGUCGUCACACCAUUACAGCCAUCGCCGGUGAUCUUCGGCUCUUUAUCUGCGACGACAAUAAGGUUGUACUGAUUGGCGACCAAAAUAACUAUAGCAUUGACGACGAGUCAUAUUUGGAUUUAAAUCCAUCUCCACUUCAAUCGUCAGGACAACAGUCUUCGGAGAAUAUCUUAAUUGUUGGCAAAGAAUCGGAGACAACGGACUUUCAACGCAGUUCCAUCGAUACGAACCAAGAGACGGAUCCAAUCAUUUCUGGAGCUCAACAGACAUGUGAACAAAAAGAUGAAGACAUCGAAACACAAAGUCGUCUCUCUUUAGACAAAAGUGUGAAAAGAAAAUCAUUGAAAUUAGAGCCCAAAAAAUCGUCAAAAGCUAAAUGGCAUUCAUUGAAGACAUCGAAGACAACACAUUCGGAACAGUCUUCAUAUAAUUUAACAAAUGAUAAAAAUUUUAUCACUUAUUCACCAAAUCUUCGGUUUUUAAUCUAUUAUCGCAAACAUGAAAAGCUUCAGCCAAUCGGUGCGAUUGACGGCAAUAUCUACGGCCAGACUAACUGUACGCUCGUAUUGGAUGUGAUCCCUAACCAGAAUCGGUCCACAAUUGUUGUAGAGCUCUAUAAUAUGUGCGACCAGUCUAUGAGCCAAGACAUGAAGACAGUCAUCGAAAGUCCACUAUUGAUCACUUUGAAGGCUAAUAACACUACAAAACUACACAUUUAUGGGGAAGAAUGCGAUGGAUUUGUGUUAACCGAUGGAUCAAUUGUGCGGAUAAUUGCAGAACCAUUCAAAUGCAUGAACCGAUCCAUCGAUUCAAUUAAUCCAAAAGAUCUCGAGGAUGACGUCAACAAAUCCGUGUCCAAAGAUCAGAAUACACCUGUAUAUUGUGUGCACAUUGCCUUUAAAGACAUAAACACCAAUUACCUUGAACACUUAAGUAAUGCACUACAAGCAACCGACCUUAGUCGAUGGAAUCUACCGUCGGGUCCAAUAGGUAUACCACUGGUUGGAUACAUGCCAUUCCUCGGACGAGAACCGCAUAGAGAUAUCGCAAAGUUAAGUGACAAAUACGGAGGAGUUUUUACAUUACAAUUAGGAGUCCAUAAUGUAGUCAUUCUCAACAAUUGGGAGGCAGUAAAGGAUGCCUUUCAAAAGGAUGACUUCUUAGGGCGACCCAAAGACAGUCCAUUUACUGCUGCGGACAACGCUAUUAGUAUCGUUGACGAUAGCGGACAGGAAUGGAGAGAUCACCGGAGGUUUGCAUUGCAAACACUUCGAGACUUAGGGUUUGGAAAGGGAAGUAUGGAGGAUAGGAUUGCCGAUGAGAUCACACAUUUCACUAAACUUAUCGAUGAAACCGAUGGCCAGGGAUUCAAUUUCCAUAAACUAUUGGUGCCGAGUAUGUCUAAUAACAUCUCUCAUCUGGUAUUUGGUCAUCGGAUGGACUUCAAUGAUCCCAAACGUAUCGUAUUUGACGAACUGUUGGACAGCGCAUCCACACUGUUCUCAAUGCUCGGCGUAUUGUCUUUAUCCCCGGUUUGGUUCAGUACAAUGGUCUUAAAAUUAGGAGCGGAGGAAAUAAAUUUACACCAGAAGACAAUGGAUCCAAAUAAUAAACGUGAUUAUAUGGACGGAUUCCUUAAUGAAAUGAAGAAACAGCAAAAAGAUCCCAACACUACUUUUACAUUAAAAAAAUUAAACGCGAACAGCAGAGCCUUCUUCGGUGCCGGCAGUGAAACAGUGCGGACAACAGUCGAGUGGUUAGUAUUGUUGGCCGUAAAACACAAAGACAUUCAAAAGAGAUUACACGAAGAGAUCGAUGAUGUGAUCGGUAGAGACCGGAGCCCGACGUGGGCUGACAGGCUUGAUAUGCCUUAUACUCAGGCAGUCAUUAAUGAAGUGUUUCGUUGGAAAACUAUUCUGCCUUUAAAUCUAAUGAGAAGCCAUCCUGAAGAUGCAUAUAUUUUGGGUCAUUUCAUACCCAAAAACACACGAAUAAUGGCCAAUAUAUGGGCCGUUCAUUACGAUCCCAAAGUAUGGGACAACCCUGAUCAAUUUAAUCCCAAUAGGUUUUUAACACCUGAUGGCAAGCAUUUGAUCAAAACCGAGGCUUUGAUACCAUUUUCUUACGGUAAACGCAAUUGUGUUGGCGAGACAUUAGCACGAGUGGAGGUAUUCCUGUAUUUCGUAUCACUUUUACAAAGAUAUACAAUAAGUGCCGAAAACGAAGAGAGAUUCACAUUAGAGGACAAAUUUGGGCUAACAUUACAGCCAAAGGAAUCAAGUAGUGUUCCCAGAGGUCAAGGAAUUCUU